AUGACCCUGAAGCGGCUGCGGAGGGAGUGGCAGGCGUGGAGUGAGAUGAACGAUAUGGAGUCGCAGGAGAUGAAGAAGCUCGGGCCGCAAAACGCGCAGCUCAUGCAGUUGGAACGCGACUUCUGGACCGUGAAUCCCAGCGACGACUGGUACCGGUGGGAGGCGGAACUGCGUCCUGCGCAGGGGCUUUGCCAGGGUGCUCACCUGGUGUUCUGGCUGCGAUAUCCGUCCAACUACCCCUUCGCGGCGCCGAAGUUCAGCAACUCAGCCCGCUUCAUUGGCUUCCCUGCGGCUUGGGAUGAGGUGGAGGUGGGUUGGCACGUCUUCCUGAUUCCGCUCACGUCCACGGACGGAGUCCGCACGAGCGGACGGGUCACGCAGAAGACCGAUGAGGAGCUCAUGGUUUGCUUCGCACGCAGCGCCGAAGAUGUUGGAGAGCUGCAGCAUGGUCCGGAAGAGGCUGUCCCGAGAGACUGGUGGGAGGCUCAAGAGCCGGUCCUGGCCCGCAGCGCCGAGUCGGUGUUGUUCCAUCCGCUGCUGAACGAGACCGGCGGCAUCUGCUCCUGCGGCCUCAACGAGAGUUGGCAUCCAGGCAAGAGCUUUGCGCACUGCCUCGCAUUCCUGCGCGUGGCCGCGGAAGAUUUGCACCCCCGUGAGGGCAAGAAGCCGGUUCCGCGUGAGGGGCCUGCUGAGAUGGAGAUGUGCUUCUGCUGCACGCAGUCCGCCGCUGGCCAAGAGUAUGAACGGGAUCCAUCUGCCUGGCUUCCAAAGGCGCGGCGCCUGUUCCUCCAAGAUCGCGGCAUUGCUCCCCUAUGCAUUCGCGCAGAGCCUUUGGAUGGCGACCUGCUUUGCAUCACUUGCUCCAACCUUGCCGGGGAGGAGCUACUUCAGCUCCAAGUGGAGGGGCGAAGUGCCUUCAGAGACCUGGACCAGCAGAUCCAGGAGACAGUGCCCAGAGCAGAGGGCGUCAAUGCCUGGAAGUUGGCACUCCCGGACGGCCGCUGCGCUGACGAUGUGCCUGCGAGCGCGUCCGUGAGGGAGGGCCUGGACCUGUGCGACGAGUUCUGGGAGCCUCCUGAGGGCGACCUGAGCGCGAUGAUCGAGGUGGAUACCGGCAAAGGCAUCAAGGGCAAGGGAAAGGGUGACGACGGCAUGAUGAGCAAAGGCAAAGGAAAGCUGCCAGUAGGAAAAGUUGCUGGAACAGGAACAAGCCAGCCGGAAGCGACGGGCCAGAUCGCAAAUGGGAUGGUGAAGUCCUUCAACGUUGCGACCAACUAUGGGUUCAUCGAGUCAGAAGAGUGCCCCGGCUAUGAUGGACGACCUGGAGCUGAGUUCUUGACCUUACUGGAUCAAGGCCCAGUUCGGCUGCGACGUGGAACCGAGCUCGUCUUCGGUUUGGGGAUGGGCCCGCUGCGACAAAGAGUUUAG